GGCAGUUAUAGAGGUGCAAAUGACAGACUCAAUAAUUCCUCUGUAGAACCGGAUCAGCAGCUCCUUGGGCAGUUUGAGCUUACUGAGUUGGCGCAGAAAGAACAUUCUUUGUUGUCCUUUUUUGAUGAUGUUUUUGAUGUUAGCUGUCCAUUUGAGAUCUUGCGAUAUGAUAGAACCUAGAAAUUUGAAGGUUUCUACUGUUGAUACUGUGUUGUCAAGUAUUGUGAGAGGUGGAAGUAUGGAAGGGUUUCUCUUUUAGAAACCUGCUUACAGGCAAAGACUUAAAGCCUUUUAGGAGGAGCAUAGUUGUAGCUCAGGAUUGAAUGGCAGGGUCCUGGGUGAUUUUUAUUUUUAUUUAUUUUUUUAUUUGUCACAACAGUAUAUAUAAGCAUAAGCAUGAAAAUAACUAUAUAACAUAGAAGCAUAUAUAUGAGCAUGUAUGUGAUAACUAUAUUAAUUGGAUAUAAUGAAAGGAAACAAUAGGACAGGAACGGUAGGCACGUUUUGUGCUCUUAUGCACGCCCCUUACAGACCUCUUAGGAAUGGGGUGAGGUCAAUAGUAGACAGUUUUUGGUUAAAGCUUUGGAGAUUUUGAGAAGAGACCACAGAGUCAGGUAGUGUAUUCCAAGCGUUAAUAACUCUGUUGCAGAAGUCAUAUUUUCUGCAAUCAAGAUUGAAGCGGUUAACAUUGAGUUUAAAUAUAUUGUUUGCUCUUGUAUUAUUGCGAUUGAAGCUGAAGUAGUCUUCGACAGGAAGGACAUUGCAAUAGAUGAUUCUAUGAGUUAAACACAGGUCCUGUCGAAGGCGGUGGAGUUCUAAGUUUUCUAAAUUCAAGAUUUCAAGUCUGGUGGCAUAAGGUAUUUUGAUCUCUGAGCUUGGUGGUUUUCUUGCAGAUGUUUCAUGACCCAACUAGCCAUGAACGAGUGGGUGCCCAUCGCUAAAGAGUACGACCCCCUCAAAGCCGGAAGCAUCGAUGGCACCGACGAAGAACCUCACGACCGGGCGAUCUGGAGGGCCAUGUCAGCCCGCUACGUCCCCAACAAAGCGGUUACCGGAGACCCUCACCUGACCCUCUUCGUAGCCCGGCUCAACCUGCAAACCACAGAAGAGAAGUUAAAAGAGGUUUUCUCCCGGUACGGAGAGAUUCGGAAGAUCCGCCUGGUUCGGGAUCUGGUUACGGGCUUUUCCAAAGGCUACGCUUUUAUUGAGUAUAAAGAGGAACGGGCGCUCCUGAAAGCCCACCGCGACGCCAACAAACUGAUCGUCGACCAGCGGGAAAUCUUCGUCGACUUUGAGCUGGAGAGGACCCUGAAAGGGUGGAUUCCCCGCCGGCUUGGUGGCGGUUUCGGCGGGAAGAAGGAAUCGGGCCAGCUGCGGUUCGGCGGCCGAGACAGACCGUUUAGGAAGCCCAUCAACUUGCCUGCCAUGAAAAACGAUUUUUACGGGGAGGGGAAAAGAGAACGGGCUUGGUCCCGGGGAGGAUCGAGGGAUUGGAAGACCGGGGAACGAGAUUACGAGAGGAGCCGAGAGUCCCGGCGAUCUGAACGGGAACGCUCAGAUCGCAAGAGCGAAAGAGAGCUGGAACACCGGGCCAGGGAAGACCGAGGCAGAGCCGCGGAAGGGAGGGAGCGAGAAAGGAAAGACCGGAAUCGCGAGGCCAAAGACGGCAAAGGAUGAAGGCCGCCAUCAAUGGGACGUUUCCUUCAAAGGUUGCUCAAUUGAAGGAGAUCGUUGGAAGCGUUAAGACUUCACUUUCGAGCCAAGGUGGAUGGUUGCCUCGAUCAACACAGACAUGGCGGGCAGGAACGGCAACUUCCCAGCUGGAGAAGAGUGAACAUUGUACCCUCGCUUGAUAGUUUUGCCCGUGUCUUAUUCCAGGAUCUGAUGAACGAUGGAUCCAAAGUUCCCAACACUGAUCAUUCCUGCCGGUUUAUCUGAAGUGCCAAAAAAGGAGAGAGCUGGUUUUAAAUUCCCAAUUGCACAUCCUUUCACUCUUGAAAAGGUCUGGAUUAAAAUAAGGCCUCGAUUCUACCAGUAGAGGCCUUACUCAAGGCAGAAGGGUAGCUGUUACCCUAAAAAUGUGAGGUAGGAUUGAAUUGUAUAAAUGGGAUGUGAGGGCCUCGGACCAAAAGACAGUUUACGAGUCAGUGAAAUCACCCGGAGGCCUCUUGUUAAUUCAGAAAUAAGUUUUAUUUAGCAUAUUAAAAAGAGUUUCUACAGUUUGAUAUUGUUCUCUCUACUAGUCCCAGCCAAAUCUUCUUUAUUGCCUUUUAACUAUCUUAACACCCUGAAUUCUUGAAUAAAAAUUAGGCGUCUUCUUUGCA